AUGGAUAAUCUUUAAAAGUAAAAUUGUGAAGAAAAUUAAUGUUGUGAAAAAUAAACUUGUUGUCAAGAAGAGCAAGCUUAAUAAGAAAAGUAAUGUUGUGAAAAAUAAACUUGCUGUGAAGAGGAGUAAGUUAAAUAAGAAAAUCAAUGUUGUGAAAAAUAAACUUGUUGCCAAGUAGAGUAAGUUUAAUAAUAAUGUACAACAAACUGUUGUGAAUCUGAUGAGUAAAUAAAAAAUACAGUGAAAUAAAGAUAUGGUGAAAUUUGUGAACAAACUAAACAGAUAAAUGCAGCCUCUUUUUGUGGAGUUGGAGGAUGCUGUAGUUCAACAGGUUGCGGAACUAUAGAUUAUGCUGUAUUUGCAGAAAAUUAUGAAAAAUUAUAAGGAUAUGUUCCAGAAGCAGAUUUAGGUUUAGGAUGUGGAAUUCCAACUGAAUUUGCUGAAAUCAAGAAAGGAGACAUCGUUCUUGAUUUAGGAUCAGGAGCUGGAAAUGAUUGUUUUAUUGCAAGAGCUUUAGUUGGAGAUACUGGAAAAGUCAUUGGAGUUGAUAUGACUCCUAAUAUGAUUAGAAAAGCUUAAUUAAAUUCCGAUAAAUACAAUUUUAGAAAUGUUGAAUUUAGAUAUGGAGAUAUAUCAGAUUUACCUAUCUUAGAUAAUUUUGUUGAUGUUGUUAUAAGCAAUUGUGUUAUUAAUCUAGUACCUGAUAAAAGAAAAGUAUUCUAAGAAAUUUUAAGAGUCUUAAAACCAAAUGGUCAUUUUUCUAUAAGUGAUGUUCUAACAACUGGAGAUUUACCACAAUCCAUUAGAAAAGCUUCAGAAUUACAUGUUGGUUGUGUUUCAGGUGCACUUAGAAAAGAUGUUUAAAUAAAAUUGCUAGAAGAAUUAGGAUAUGUCGAUAUAUAGAUUAAGAAAGAAAAAACUAUUGAUUUUCCUGAUGAAUUGAUGUUAAAAUAUGUUUCAUAAGAAGAAUUAAAAGAAUUUUAAGAUAGUGGAAUCAAAAUUAUAAGUGCAACCAUUUAUGCCAAAAAAUAGUGAUUCAAUAGAAUGCAU